AUGGACGCCCUGGAUCCGUCUCCUCUGAGGCACUUUGUGGUGGCUAAGCGAUCGAUCACCUCCAUCUUUGACCAGCUGCUCGACUUUGUGAAGGAUGGCUCCGCCUUCGUGGACGAGGCGUGGCGAGGGGCUGACCUCGGCCAGGUGGCGGUGGAGGAGCAGAGCCUGGAGAUGCAGAGCUGUGAGACCAAACUGUGGACCAUCAGAGACGUUCUGCUGCGGAGACACAUGAAGGUCGCCUUCUUUGGCAGGACGAGUAACGGGAAGAGCACGGUGAUCAACGCCAUGCUCAGGGACCGCGUCCUGCCCAGCGGCAUUGGCCACACCACCAACUGUUUCCUGAGGGUGGAGGGGACGGACGGGGACGAAGCCUACCUGACCACCGAGUCGUCCAACGAGAGGAAGAGCGUGAAGACCGUGAACCAGCUGGCCCACGCCCUCCACAUGGACCCGACCCUGGACUCAGGCAGUCUGGUGAAGGUCUUCUGGCCCAAGAGUCGCUGUGCUCUGCUGAGAGACGACCUGGUGCUCAUGGACAGCCCGGGCACAGACGUCACGCUGGAGUUAGACAGCUGGAUCGAUAAGUUCUGUCUGGACGCAGACGUCUUCGUCCUGGUGGGAAACGCAGAGUCGACACUGAUGAACACGGAGAAACUGUUCUUCCAUAAAGUCAGCGAGAGAAUCUCCAAACCCAACAUCUUCGUCCUCCAUAAUAGAUGGGACGCCUCAGUCAGUGAGCCAGAGUUUGUUGAGGAGGUGAGGAAGCAGCACCUGGACCGCUGUGUGAGCUUCCUGGCAGAGGAGCUGAAGGUGGUGAGUCUGGAGGAGGCUCCGGGGAGGAUCUUCUUCGUCUCAGCUAAAGAGGUCCUGAGCUCCAGGAUGCACCGAGCACAGGGCAUGCCUGAGACAGGUGAGACAGGUGGCGCCCUGGCUGAAGGUUUCCAUGAGCGACUGCGAGAGUUCCAGAUGUUUGAGAGGACCUUUGAGGAGUUCAUCUCGCAGUCCGCCGUGAAGACCAAGUUUGAGCAGCACACGGUGAGGGCGUGGCAGAUCACCGAGGCAAUUAAAGCCGUGAUGGACGCCAUCAACAUCUCCUCCGCAGACAGGAAGAUCUGCUGCCUGGAGGAGCGGGAGGAUCAGAGGGACCGGCUGGAGUUCGUCCGAGGUCAGAUUACCCGACUGACCGACAGCGUCAGAGAGCGGAUCAAGGCCAUGACUGAAGACGCCGCUGCCAAGGUUGCGACGGCUUUGUUGGACCAGAUCCGGAGUCUGCCUGUUGUUGUGGACGAGUUCAGAGCUGAUUUUAACCCGACUCAAGAAACUCUGCAGCUUUACAAAACAAAGCUGAUGCAGCACGUGGAGGAGAGGAUGGUGGGCGGCCUCUCUCAUCGUUGCUCCGUCAACAUCCACAAAGACAUCAGAGCGGCUCAGAGCGACAUGACCAAUAGCGUCCGUCCUCUGCUGUCUCCAUCACUCCAGGAGCAGCUCUCUCCUCCCUCCGCCUCCUUCGAGCUGACCUAUGACCUUGGCGUCUCUGCGCUCUGUGCCGAUUUCCAAGAAAACAUCGAGUUCCAGUUCAGUCUGGGCUGGACCGCUCUGGUCACACGCUUCAUCGGAGUCGCCAACGCUAAGAGAGCUCUAAGUGGCUCUGAGCGCCGCGUGCAGGAGACGUCUUUUAAAGACGAGAUGGUCAUCUCCAUAGCAACAGGACUGGUCUCAGUUACUUCAAGGGCGUCCAUGUCGGUGCUGGUGGUCGGGGGAGUGGUAUGGCGUGCUGUGGGCUGGCGUGUCAUCGCCCUCUCUCUCUCUCUGUACGGUCUGCUCUACCUGUAUGAGAAACUCACCUGGACGAACGCCACUAGAGAGCGCACUCUGAAGCAGCAGUUUGUGGAGCAUGCUGCCCAGCGCCUUAAAGCUGUCAUUCCCGUCAGCAGCUCCGCCUGCAGCCAACAGGUGUACAAGGAGCUGGCGUCCACGUUCAGCCGUCUGACGCAGAAGGUCGACAUGAGCGAGGCCGAGCUGGAGGGAAACAUCCGACAGCUGAGCUUCAGGAUCCAGAGACUGGAGACCAUCCAGAGGAGGUCCAAGGCCUUCAGGAACAGAGCUACAGAGCUGGAGACUCAGCUGGAGGCCUUCUCUGUUCAGUACCUGCGAUGAUGCCUGGACUGUGGCGCCCCCUGCUGGUGGAGCCCGCCGUCACACCCCUCUGAAGAUUUUAAACUGUGGCUGAUUCUCACAGAAAGACCAGAGCAGAGAGGCUGAUGCCACGUCUCUAACUGGAGAUUAAACCGCCCCGUUGUUCUUAAUGAUCCAUCAAUAGAUAAUCAAUAAUCCAUUCAGUUCCUGAAAAACGAAGGAGAGCAGACAGGAAGAAUAGACGGACUCUGUUUCAGGUCCAGUCUCAGAAGGAUCUCCACUAAAUGUGAAUCCAUUGUUCUGGUUGAAACCUCUGUCUUCACUCAGAAACACCAACUAUAAAUCUUGUCUGUUUCAGUCCUGUGCUGUGAUUGGUUGAUGACUUAAAGGUUAGAUUCCUAACCUCAGCCUGACCUGGCCCACUACCCAGACCAGGGUAAGGCCAGGAUCCCAGUGGUGGUCAGAGACCUCCGGACAGACAGCUGAUGUAAAAACAGCUGCUAGCAGAGCCGACCCUCCGCUCAGACCCGGUCCACCAGAGUUAGCUCAGCGCUAAUGCUCAGCUAAAAACCACCAGAGUUAGCUCAGCGCUAAUGCUCAGCUAAAAACCACCAGAGUUAGCUCAGCGCUAAUGCUCAGCUAAAAACCACCAGAGUUAGCUCAGCGCUAAUGCUCAGCUAAAAACCACCAGAGUUAGCUCAGCGCUAAUGCUCAGCUAAAAACCACCAGAGUUAGCUCAGCGCUAAUGCUCAGCUAAAAACCACCAGCGUUAGCUCAGCGCUAAUGCUCAGCUAAAAACCACCAGAGUUAGCUCAGCGCUAACGCUCAGCUAAAAACCACCAGAGUUAGCUCAGCGCUAAUGCUCAGCUAAAAACCACCAGAGUUAGCUCAGCGCUAAUGCUCAGCUAAAACCACCAGAGUAAGCUCAGCGCUAAGCUCAGCUUAAAACCACCAGAGUUAGCUCAGCGCUAAUGCUCAGCUAAAAACCACCAGAGUUAGCUCAGCGCUAAUGCUCAGCUAAAAACCACCAGAGUUAGCUCAGCGCUAAUGCUCAGCUAAAAACCACCAGAGUUAGCUCAGCGCUAAUGCUCAGCUAAAACCACCAGAGUUAGCUCAGCGCUAAUGCUCAGCUAAAAACCACCAGAGUUAGCUCAGCGCUAAUGCUCAGCUAAAAACCACCAGAGUAAGCUCAACGCUAAUGCUCAGCUAAAAACCACCAGAGUUAGCUCAGCGCUAAUGCUCAGCUAAAACCACCAGAGUUAGCUCAGCGCUAAUACUCAGCUAAAAACCACCAGAGUAAGCUCAGCGCUAAUGCUCAGCUAAAAACCACCAGAGUUAGCUCAGCGCUAAUGCUCAGCUAAAACCACCAGAGUUAGCUCAGCGCUAAUGCUCAGCUAAAAACCACCAGAGUUAGCUCAGCGCUAAUGCUCAGCUAAAAACCACCAGAGUUAGCUCAGCGCUAAUGCUCAGCUAAAAACCACCAGAGUUAGCUCAGCGCUAAUGCUCAGCUAAAAACUUCAUGCAGUUCAUUUCCUGAUUAUCAUAUCACUGUCUUCUUUAAAUGUACAUUUUAUCGGCAUAUUGAGGGAGAAAAGCUGUUAAAAAGUGGCUCUCAUUGGAGGGUUUUCAGCAUGAGCGGCCUGCUCAAGGUCCCGCCACAGCAUCUCAGUCAGAUCUCAGUCCAGACUUUGACUAGACCACUC